AUGGACGACCGUAACGACACAGCACCUGGGAAUGUGUAUGUAGUGACUAAGGGGGAUGCCGAGCAGGCCACAAGCUCCCUGUGCAAGGCACUGGGGCUGAAAGGUAUCGCGGUCAACACUAUCGCUCCGGGAGCAACGGCCACAGACCUGUUGUUGGUAGGGAAAAGCGAGGACGUGCUUAGUGAAAUUGCUGCUCGGAGCCCGUUCAAUCGCCUCGGUACCCCUAAUGACGUUGCUAGUCUCGUGGCGUUUCUGGCGUCCGAGGAAUCAAGAUGGGUGUCUGGUCAGACUAUCCGUGUGAAUUGUAGCACUAUGGUGUGA